CUCUUUCUAUCUCUCUCUCUCUUCUCUCUCUCCUCCUCUGCUCUGCACUUAGCUUUUGAAGCAUCCAUUUUGACCGCUGCCCACCAAAUCUCGGCCUCUUCAUCUUUCCCUUCCUUUUUCCUUCCUCCUCCCCCAUCGAGACCGACCCGACAUAGCCUCGAUCAUGGAGCCUUCCUAUCCCUCCGGCGGAGGAAGGCAGCCGCCCCUGCCGUCGCCGCCUAAGAAGGAGCUCCCCCUCCAGGGCCCCCGCCCCGCCCCGCUCCGGGUCUCCAAGCAGUCCCACGCCGUCCAGAAGCCGCCCCGCCCUCACCAGCUGCCCCACCAGGCGGUCUCCUCCUCGUGGGCCCCUCGCCCGACCCACCUGCCGGCGGUGGCGCCGGCGGUGGCGGGGGCGGACCGGCAGAAGCCCACGAUCAUCUUCGACAUCUCGCCGAAGGUCAUCCACGUCGAGGAGCGGAACUUCAUGUCCAUCGUCCAGCAGCUCACUGGGUCCUCCUCCACCUCCUCCUCCGGGGACGUGUCCCCGGCGGCCAGAGUGGCGGCGAUAGAGCGGACCAGCCCGACGGGCAGGGAAAAGGGCUUCGCCGCCGCCGCCGCCGCGGCGGAGAUGGGCGGGCCGUCGGCAGUGGCCGGCGACGACGAGGAGCUGAUGUGUAUGUUGGGAGACGUCCAGUUGGCCCAGAGUCAGGGAAUACUGACCCCGGCGGCCCCGCCGGCGAUAUCCGCGGGUUUCUUCUCGCCAGCGACGGAGCCCCACAUGUUGCAAGACCUGAGCCCGUUCUGGCCCGCGAACUACAGCUACAACAGCCCGUCGGCGUCGACCUGGUUCACGGCCUUCUCUCCCUCGCCGACCGCAUCCGUCGAUCUCUUCAACUUGUUCUCUGACUAGUGAGUGCGUGAAGAAAGGGGAAGACUCCAUCUCGGGAAACCAAGAAACCCUCCGACGGGUUAGGCUUGAUUUGACUUUGACUGACUCCCCAAAGCCGGAACCAUUUUCUAGAGAGAGAAAGAGAGCAAGAGGAGGCAGCACCAAGAAGCUGCCUUUGAAGACAGAGAGAGAGACUGAGACUAGACCGAAAAGUUUGAUUUUGGCGAGCCCUACAGCUUAGCUGGAGGAUAACGUUUGGGGGGUUUUUCUGAUCCAUACUUAGUGUGGAAAAAGAGAAAGGAUGUAGCAGCAUUAUUGCAUCCAGUGGCCGUCAUAGCUUUGGUUGGCCUUUGGUUGGCUUGCUGAGCGAGGAGGGCUUGGCUCAGGCCGCUUUUGUCCCUUUCUGCGAGCAACUUGUCGGCCAAUUCUUUGAAGUGUAAAUGCGGAAUCUAGGAAAGUUUGUGGAAUUACUUGGCAAUUUGAUGACGUGCUGAACGAUGAUUCCUGGUUUCAUACAUGCCACUGCUCGAUCAUUGUUUGUUAGUUUCCACCAGAGUUGAUGGCCUCUGCCUCCACAAUCCCUUGAACAAAAGCUACCCUACGAGUUGUCAUUGUGCUUGUCUACAGGGAAUCCUCUGUGUGCCUCUUGUUUUCUGAGUGUGACUUGUCUCACGUGUUAAAUGUCCCUAAAGUGACAAAAGUUCCCCCAGCUUAAACGGCGGAUCAUGAUCUUCUAUGUGGAAAAAAACAGGCUCUCUGCAUUUCUUUAGGUGUGUUCAAUGUCAAUCAACAAUCAACUAGUCCUCAUCUUGCCAGCCGGUGGACCACAUCAACACCAGGAAUCGAAUGAUAGGAUUCCUUAAAUUCAGUAGACCGAACACCCCCCUCCCCCACCCCCUCUUACUCUCUCUCUUCUUUUGUUAAACUUCGCGGAAGUUCUUAAUAGAGAAAAGCUUCGACUCUGUCGAAAAGGGGGAUUGAAUUUCCAUAGAAAGCAGAGAAUAGUAGAAAGUAGAUGAACUUUGCUGAGUAUCGCAUUUUUCCGCAACAAUGUGAAUGCCCUUGCAAAAACAAGAGGUACUAAAGUUUAAGUCUCCCUGUAGACUGAUAAUCUAGUUGUGGAUGUAUAGGACAGAUGAUAAUUGACUUGAACAUUAUCUACGAAGGUUUUUGCAAGUAAAAAAUCCAGUUCGAAUAAAAAAAAUUUAGUCAGCAAAUAAAGGAAUUAUUUA